CCAAAGUGUCCGCGGGGCUCUGGUGGUAACGGGUACCGUCGACAUGUUGGAUAUGUUUAGCGCAGCUCUCUCUAUAUUUGCCAUUUCUCGCUCACGUACUCUCCUUCGAAUGAGGGCCAGUCGUUGUAAGAGCUGCUGGUGGGUCAAUACCAGCACUAAAGCGCAAACAAACGAGCUCGCUAUCUCUUCCGAACUGGGAAACAUGUUGUUGUUUUCAUGGAUACCAGAACAAGAUGAACCGGAAAUGACGCAUGUAAAGGUGAACUAUUUCUUUAUGUUUAACAACGGCAAAGGUAUACGGGCUUUUAUUUUGAUAGCGUCAUAGCAACCGUAGCCAAGUAGGGAGGCGCAACGGGCGCAACACAAAAGAAGCAAACGGAAAUCUAUUAGAAGUGAAGACGGAGCAAAGGAUAGGCUAUUAGCAGUUCACGGAGAAGAAGACAAAGAAAGUUUGAAGAAUACUUCUGUCUAGCUUCAGUUGAUAAGGGGAACAAGCUCUUACGUUGGUUGGUUGAUGAUACGGACGGCUCAAUAAAUCAUCAUUCACCAUCAGUUCCGGCCUUCUCGAUAUUGACUGAAUGCUACAGUAAGAGCUUGACCGCCCCCUCUUGCCGCACGGUGUGGUUUCACGGUUCAACGGCAGUACCCGCAACGUCCAGCAGAGGGCAAAAGUUGGUCAGGAAUUGAAACGGAUCAAGGCAAAGUAAAAUGGAAGACUUACAGUCUGCAACAGUAAGUCAAACGGCCCUAACUGAACAGAUGACAACUCUGCAAAAGGAAAAAAGAAUGCUUGUCCUUUAUGAGCAAUGGAAAGCACAGGCACGUGAAACAAGAGAAAAAUUAAAGGAAGAUAUAACAGUGAAGGAGAUGUCAGAACUUGCUGACAUAAUAGAAGAAAGGAGAGAUGAUCUAUUAAAGUUAUAUUCAGAAAAUAGAACCCAAAUGGCACCAUCAUCUGACGUAAGGAGAAAGAUAGAUGCAUGUGAAGCAGUAACUAAGGAGAUCAUAGGGAUAAUUCUGGAAAGAAUAAGUGGUGUUGAUGGAGAUUUUGAUGCAGAUCGUGAACAAGCUCGUUUACGUGAACUUUUAGAGCAUGAAUACGCCAUUUCCAUAUAUGGAUCAACUGCAGCAUCAAAUCGCAGCCAGCGAUCCUCAGCUUCCCAUCUUACAGCAAAACGAGCUGAAGCAGCAGCAGAACUAGCAGCAAAGGAGGUGGAGUAUGAGGUCGCGCUGGAGGAACAAAGACAACAAGAAAAAAUAAGGGCUCUAGAGGAAGAGCAUAAAAAACAGGUGGCAGUUCAAAAUGCAGAGUUAGAACGCCUGAGAGCACAAAGGGACGUGAAAGCAGCUCGAGCCAGAUUUGAAGCAUAUGACAGGCAUUUACUACAAGUGGGUGAUGUACAGUCAAUUACAGAUGAAAAGGUGAGCCCAAACAUCACACCUAAACAGCCGUUACCAGCAGUCUCCUUUGGUCCUGUGCAGACAGCCCCCCCUACUGUUACUGAGUUGGCACCAGCAGUGCAGGAAGCUCCCUCCAGUGUUACCCAGCUAGCACAGGCAGUUCAAGACAGCAUAAGAUUAAACAAACUUCCUACGCCAGAACCAACAGUUUUUAGUGGCGACCCAAUGCAUUUCAUUGAAUGGAAAUCCACAUUUACAUCACUGAUUGAUCAAAGGGGCAUCUCAGCAGCAGAUAAACUGUACUAUUUAAAAAGAUAUGUAACAGGGUCAGCUCGCAAAUGCACUGAAGGGACUUUCUUUAGGAGUGAUGAAGCUGCAUAAAAGGAUGCUUGGGACAAGUUAAACCAAAGAUACGGCCAGCCCUUUAUUAUACAGAAAUCAUUCAGAGAGAAGCUAUCAAAAUGGCCAAAGGUGCAGUCCAGAGAUGCUGAUGGAUUAAGAACUUUUGCGGACUUCCUAAAUGCAUGCAUGCUCGCUAUGCCUCAUGUAAAGGGUUUGCAAAUACUUAACGACUGCGAGGAAAAUCAAAAAUUACUGCACAAACUACCAGAUUGGAUAAAUGCAAGAUGGAACAGACAGGUAACAAAGACUUUAAUGGAAGGUGGUGAGUUUCCAAGUUUUAGUGACUUUGCAUCCUUUCUCUCUGUUGAAGCUGAAGUUGCAUGUAACCCAUUCACCUCCAUUCAUGCCCUUCGUUACUCUGAAACUAACAGCGACAAAGGAAACACAAAAGAACGAAAAGGGAACAAAGCAAGUGUUUUUAAGACAAAUUCAACAAAACAAAGUAACACACAGUCAAUAAUAAUAACAUCAAAGGAUUUUUCAUGUGUUCUGUGUCAGAUUGAACAUCCACUCCACAAGUGUCCAGACUUCUUAAAACUGUCUCUAGAAAACAGAAGAAAGUUUGUGAAGGAGAAUAAACUUUGUUAUGGUUGUCUAAAACAAGGUCACAAUGCCAAAGACUGCAAACGCCGCUUCAGUUGUGACACCUGCUCAAAGAGGCAUCCUACCUGUCUUCAUGACGACAAUUAUUGGAACAGCCUACAAAAAGAGACACAUGUGAGUGUAAAUAAUGGAACUCAAGUUAACUCACCUGCAGCAGCGACGGCUAUGUCACUCAAUGUUACCAGACCUGAACACACAAUCAGCACAUCACUGAUAGUUCCAGUGUGGCUGUCAACUGCUAACAACCCACUCAAAGAAAAACUGGUUUAUGCGCUAUUAGACACGCAGAGUGAUGCUGUCUUCAUUGAUCAGGAUGUAACACAUGAGCUGCAGGCAGAUGUUUGCCCAGUAAAGCUAAAACUGACUACCAUGAUGGGAAAAAAUGCAGUUGUAAGCAGUGAAAGGGUGUCUGACCUCUUGGUGAGAGGCUAUAACUCAGCCACAGUCAUAAAGCUUCCUACGGCAUAUUCAAAGGACUGCAUCCCUGCUAACAGAGAACACAUACCCACAUGUGAAACAGCCAAACAGUGGAGCCACUUGC